AAAUGUCCAUCCUCAGAGCACACAGGGCACGGCUAAACUGGAUAUUAUGUGCUCUGCCAUGUUGGAUGGGCAGUGACAAAAAUUAUCCCUCUUCCCCCAGGUCCUUCCAUCGUCCCACUGCAGCGAGCAGAGCCAACACUGGGCAACCCUCUAAAAUGUUUAUUUGGACCAGUGGCCGGGGAUCUACAUCUUACAGACAUGAUGAGAAAAGAAAUAUUUACCAAAAAAUCAGGGAUCACGACCUACUGGACAAAAGGAAAACAGUCACAGCCCUAAAAGCUGGGGAGGACCGGGCCAUUCUCCUGGGGCUGGCCAUGAUGGUGUGCUCGAUCAUGAUGUACUUCCUGCUGGGAAUCACGCUGCUGCGCUCCUACAUGCAGAGUGUCUGGACAGAAGAGUCUCAGUGCUCACUUCUCAAUGCAUCCAUCACAGAAACCUUUAACUGCUCAUUUAACUGCGGUCCAGAGUGCUGGAAAAUCUCUCAGUACCCCUGCCUGCAGGUGUAUGUUAAUCUCACCUCUUCUGGCCAGAAGCUUCUACUCUACCACACCGAGGAAACAAUGAAAAUUAAUUCUGAGUGUUCAUACAUCCCCAAGUGCGGGAAGAACUACGAGGAAUCCAUGUCGCUGGUGAACGUGGUGAUGGAAAACUUCAGGAAGUACCAACGCUUCUCCUGCUUCUACGACCCCGAGGGCGUGCAGAAGAACGUGAUCCUCACCAAACUGUACAGCUCCAACGUGCUGUUCCACUCCCUGUUCUGGCCCACCUGCAUGAUGAUCGGUGGGGUCGCCAUCGUCGCCAUGGUAAAGCUGACUCAAUACCUUUCCCUGCUCUGCGAGAGAAUCCAAAGGAUCAGCAGAUAGGAAAGGAGACUUCUCUGAAGUUUAAUUACAGUGAAAAUACUGUUUUGCUCAUUCUUCACCAAAGAACCUUAAGUUUGUAAUGUGCAAGUCUGGUAUGAGUUCCUUACUAUAUUCUUCUAAGUAGAGCAAUAAUGCAAAGGCUGUUCUAUAUGCAAACAUGAUGUUAUUAUUAUGCAGACAACUGAAAAAGUUACUGUUUUGUGUUGACUGUCUCUAUGAUCUUGUUUUAUGCUGGGAUUAGUACUUUCUUUUCUACAGCUAAAAUAGGGCUCAGUGUGACCAUUGGCCAAGCUUUAGUCAAUUGGUGUUUUCGGUGUAAAAGAUUCUGGGGAAAUUCACUGCUGGACAAAGGGCAGACGACCACUUGUGCAUCGUUGAGGUCUCACACCUGGCUCAGUCCACUGGAUGGAUUUGUGGCUUUGGCUUUUUAAUACUGACUGCAGGGGUGGGGGGAAGCACUGAUAAGUAUUUUUUUAAUGGUAAGAUGGACAAAAAGGAUGUAUUUUGAGGUCAGGCUGGGAUAGGCAUACAGUAUUUUCAGCCUCGGUAGGACUUGGUGACUUUGUGUUUGCUCCCUCAGUUCAGAAGUCAAUUGUACCCUAUGGUGUUUGUAAGGUCUUUUGGAAAACACUUUGGAGUUUUAUUUUGUGUAGUGCUAUAAUUUUUUUCUGUCUUAUCAACAUAAUUUUUGUCACUUACAGAAGCUGUAGCCAAAAAAGCAAAAACACCUUGUUCCAUUUUGUAUUCUAGUCUGAGCCCUAUUGAUGGAGGUGGGACCAGAACUCCUUAUGUAAAGGUUUAUUAUUCAUUUGUCUUGUAUUUGCUACCAUAUCACUGUAAAGAAAAAAAAUAACACUAUCAGCUAUUUUUUCAUUUUUUACUUCCAACUAUUUUAGAUUUUUUUACUUGAUAUAUAUACAGAUAUAUAUAUAUAUAUAUAUAUAUAAAGAAAAAGCUAUAUUAUAUCUAGUUGUGUAUUGAAACUUGUUUGGGGGGUUUUUUUCCUUUGUUUUUACCCGCUGGAAAAUGAAGAGUACAAUUCAUGUAUUUGUAACCUUCAUCCUUGGAUAAUAUCAUAACGGAGAAGCAGCACUGCAGGAUCUUAUCCAAUAUUCAUGAUGUUGUUUCAGUCAAAGGUCUCUGUUGCUGUGACAUGAGAAAUGACAAAAAUCUCAUCCAAUUCCAUGGCUCUAUUAACUGAAUUGUUAGAUAAUCAUCAUAACACAUUUGGAAAUCUCUCCUGACCUUAACUCACUAUGCAGUGCUGGCUGGCUGCAAUGAUUUAUUGGAAAAACUGAGAAUCUGGCUAAAUUGUUGUCCUGCCUGUCAAAUAUUUACCACAGUAUACUUGCCAGUUUAAUUUCAUACAUACUGUAGUCACAAUUUCUGCAUAAUUUAUUUUUAUUCCCCUAUAUAAAACAUUCCUUUCUAUGUUUUAAAGACACCUCUCUCAGUUCCUCACGCACCCAGCCUGAAGGACAAACACAAGGCACAUCCUGAGAGAAAUCCUGUGAACUCAUUAUACAAUAGCUCAAAGAAACCAUAUACAGGUCUACUCAAACCAAGAAAAUAACAUUUUUCCCUUCAAAAAGACUGCAAAUCAAGUAUUCUGCCUAGUUCACCUAUAUAUAUAUAUAUAUAUAAGUACCUUUCCUCAUCAUAGCAUUAAAAAUUUCAAGAUGUUACAAAACAAGUCAUGCAAGUGUAAUGUGAGUUGUAAAAAAAAAAAAAAAGAGUUCUCAGCAGUGAAAAUAAACCUGCAAUCUUGUAAUCAGUAGUAUAAUUUUCCUUAGGUAAUUAAAUUCCUGGAGGGUGGGGGGAUAAUGAAGGUUCCAAAAAUAUGUAAUAAAAAUAUUCAAUUAAAUCUUCCAGAUUUCAGUA